CCUGGGUUCUGGUUUGGAUGGUGUAUAGUGCAUAAUCGAAUAUUAUACGCAACUGUUUGGUGCGGUGCGUCGUCGAAGAAUACUUUUACUUUUGCUUUUGGGUUCGAGUGUGACCUGAUUUUUUAAAUUGUUUUGAGAAUAUAAUCUAGGAUGAAUCUUACGAUAGAUGUACCAAAAUGGUAUGCCGGCCAAAAAAUCUUCAUCACCGGUGCUACCGGUUUCAUGGGAAAAGUUUUAGUCGAAAAAUUAUUAAGAUGCUGCCCCGACAUUUCGACCAUUUACAUUAUCAUCAGACCUAAAAAGGGAAGAAACACUGCUCAACGUUUAGAGGAUUUCUUGAACAGCCCAGUUUUUGAUAAACUGAGAGAUCACCCAAAAAGCGAAAAAGUCUUAAGUAAACUCAAAUGUCUUAACGGUGACGUCAGCUAUCCUAACCUGAACCUGUCCGACUCGGACGUAUUGGAACUAGAAGAAAACGUGACGACAGUAUUCCAUAUGGCUGCCAAUGUUCGAUUUGAUCAACCCCUAAAAAGUGCUGUUCUAUUAAAUACAGGGGGUACUUUGAACGUCCUCGAACUAGUUUGUAGAUUUAAGAAUCUUAAAGUAUUUGUUCAUACGUCAACUUCUUAUUGCCAUUGCGAUCAAACUAAGUUGGAGGAGAGGUUGUAUCAGGCACCACAUAAUCCAAGGCAUAUUCUGGAUUUAGUAAAAUGGAUGGAUGGUGAUCUACUAAAAAUGCUUACUCCAAAACUACUGAGCAAUUCUCCUAAUACUUACGCCUAUACAAAAUGCUUGACUGAACAGCUAGUGUCGGAAUAUUCGGAGAAACUGCCUAUAGCGAUCUGUAGGCCAUCUAUUGUAAUAGCGGCCUGGAAGGAACCUUUACCAGGUUGGGUGGACAACCUCAAUGGUCCCACAGGAAUCCUUAUAGGAGCUGGAAAAGGUGUGAUCAGAACCAUGCACUGUAACGCUGAAUUUAUUGCUGACGUAGUUCCUGUUGAUGUCAGUGUAAAUAGUUUGAUAUUAAUCGCUUGGAAAAGGGGGUUACAUCUUGAAAAAUUUGCGCCAGUGGAUGUCUAUAAUGUAACUGUAAACCAUAGGUUCGCAAAAAGCUGGGGAGAAGCAUUGGCUAUGGGAAGAAGACAUUUUUACGAUUAUCCGUUCAGUGUUUGCCUAUGGUAUCCAGGAGGAGACAUAAAAAAUACAUACUUAGCUCAUUGUAUUGCUGCAUUUUUCUUGCAUAUUAUACCAGCCUAUUUGGUGGAUUUUGUUAUGUAUUUGACAAAUAACAAACCAUUUUUGGUUCAAACACAAAAACGUAUUCAAAACGGUCUGAGCGUGCUCCAGUACUACACGACGAGGCCGUGGUACUUUUGCAACGAAAAACUUCACAGAGUUGCCGAAAAUUUGAGUACCGAAGAUCAGGAAACGUUUUAUCUUGAUAAAGGUCAAAUAAUGAAUGAUCAAUUUAUGAAGAAUUACAUCUUGGGUGCUAGAAAAUAUUGUGUCCAUGAGGAACCUGAGACUAUACCUUAUGCAAGAAAAGUUUUGAAAAGGUUGUAUUAUCUGGAUGUUGUGAAAAACUUUAUUUUGGGAUUCUUGCUGCUCUGGGGCUUCUAUUUGCUGGUGACUAGUUUGACGGAUUCGACAGAUAGCUCUUCAGGAAAAUUUGUAAACACGUCACAAACGGCACCGUUGGCCACUUAUUUAAUUAGUGAUCCUUAAGGUUUCGAAAACUUUGACAUGGAUUUAAAUUUGUAUUUUUAUAUUUCUGAAAUAAUACUCUCUUUUGUAUUGUAUUGCCAUACAUUUUUUUUUUUUUUUUGCAAUACAUUAUUUAAACGAUAGCAAUUUGUUUCAAAUUUGAUUCAAUUAAAUUUUUAAUUUAGUAGUAAAUUUAGUAUUAACUAUAAGAAAUUUAAUUGUUUAUUAUAAGUGAAACAAUAUCCCCAAUAUGUAUAUUUUCUUUUAAUAAUAAAAUACAUAUAUAAAUUAAUUAAUUUCGCCCUGUAAAAACGGUUUUAUCCCCAUUUAUUGCUUGUAAUUUUAUAAGGAUUCGAACUGACAUUUUAAGGAUUCCUUUAGGGAGAGUUACUUAACGAGACCCAUGUAAGGGAUUUAGUAUUAGAGUGUUAUUUCUAUGAAGUGAAUUAAAAUCUAUAAAAAUAAAUUACCAUGAUUGUCAACAUGAAUAUAUUGGCUAUUUCAGAUAUUAUGUAUUUCAAGUAUAUUUUUCUGAUUAUUAUUUUGGUGUUUUUGUAUUGAGUUUGAGAAUAUCGAUCCAAGUGGUAAAGUCAACACUGGAUAAAUGGUCGAAAAGACAACAUUUGGCACGUUGGAAUACGACACCCGGACAAAAUCAUGCAAAGGUCCUUCACUUGAGGAAGCAUCAGUACAGAAUGGGGAUACUCAAUGGACCAACUGAAUGCAGACUCUAUGGAGAGCAAGACGAAACAGCUUCCCACAUCAUAUAUGACUGUGUGGUCCUAUCACACAAAAGAUACAGACUCUUCGGAGCAAUACAGAUCAAGGAUAGACUACCGCCUGAAAAUCUUGUCCAAGGUCUAUAAGGCCUGAUAUAGGGAAGAAAAGAACUCUAGUAGGGCAAAGAAGGAAAUUGAGGAGCACAAUAAGCCGACAGGUUGCAGUAGAUGGAAGGCCACAGCGCCUGGAUCCCCCUACAACCAACCAAUCAACCAACUCACAACUAAGCUCUUAUUUAGACUGACUUUCACUUAAUACUACUACGCACUAUUCAUAGCAGACAGUGUACUCAGGAUUUAUCUAGAAAAACCCGGCACCCAUACUUGAAUAGAAUUCUUCAUCCGGGCUCUCAAGGCAAUUUCGCAA